CAAGAUACACUGGCCCAAGUCAUUAAACAACUUGGCUUUUCUCUAAUAAAGCCCCUCCCUCUCCGAUUAACCUCUAAACAAAACCGGAGGGAGCAAAAAAAAAACAAAAAAAUCUGAAAUACACAAAAAUAGAAAUAAAAAAUGAUUGGAAAAGUUGUUGUCUCCGUGGCCUCCGUCCUUCUAUUGGUCGGAGUAGCCAUUGGAGUCGUUGCCAUCGUUAAUAAAAGCGGAAACACUAAUUUGUCUCCACAGAUGAAAGCUGUUCAAGGCAUUUGCCAAGCCACUGCUGACAAAGCCUCAUGUGUCAAAACUCUCGAACCGGUUAAGAGCGAUGACCCAAACAAAUUGAUCAAGGCCUUCAUGCUCGCUACACAAGAUGCAUUAACCAAAUCAUCAAACUUCACCGAUAAAACCGAAGGCAACAUGGGUUCGAGCAUCUCCCCAAACAACAAAGCCGUUCUUGAUUACUGCAGGAAAGUUUUCAUGUACGCGCUUGAGGAUCUCGGUACCAUUCUUGAGGAAAUGGGUGAAGAUCUUAACCAGAUCGGUAACAAAUUCGACCAGCUUAAACAGUGGUUAACCGGUGUUUACAACUACCAAACCGAUUGUCUUGACGAUAUUCAAGAAGAUGAUUUGAGAAAGACUAUUGCUGAAGGCAUUUCUAGCUCCAAGAUUCUUACUGGUAAUGCCAUCGACAUCUUCCACACAGUUGUUAGCGCCAUGGCCAAGAUUGACGCUAAAGUCGAUGAUUUCAAGAACAUGACAAGUGGAAUCUUCACUCCUUCAGCUCCGGCCAACAAAGAAGCCGCUCCUGUCGUUGACACUCCUGUGGCCGACCCUGACGGUCCUUCUCGUCGUCUUCUUGAAGACCUUGGAGUCCCAACAUGGGUUUCAGGUGCAGACAGGAAGCUCAUGGCUAACGCUGGACGUGGCCGAAGGGGAGGCGGUGGAGCUCCUAGAAUCAGAGCAACCUAUGUGGUGGCUAAGGAUGGAAGCGGACAAUUUAAGUCAAUUCAACAAGCUGUUAACGCUUGUCCCGACAAAAACGCUGGAAGAUGCAUCAUCCACAUCAAGGCUGGUAUCUACAGAGAGCAAGUUAUCAUCCCUAAGAAGAAGAACAACAUCUUCAUGUUCGGAGAUGGUGCAAGAAAAACCGUUAUUACUUACAACAGAAGUGUUCGUCUCAGUUCUGGAACCACCACUUCUACUAGUGGCACAGUCCAGGUUGAAUCUGAAGGAUUCAUGGCGAAAUGGAUCGGAUUCAAGAACACAGCCGGUCCAAAUGGUCACCAAGCUGUUGCUAUCAGAGUCAACGGCGACCGUGCCGUGAUCUUCAACUGCAGAUUCGACGGUUACCAAGACACACUAUACGUCAACAACGGUCGUCAAUUCUACAGAAACUGCGUCGUUUCAGGAACAGUCGACUUCAUCUUCGGCAAAUCAGCUACCGUUAUCCAAAACUCACUCAUCGUCAUCCGCAAAGGAAACAAGGGACAAUACAACACCGUCACAGCCGACGGUAACGAAAAGGGUCUAUCCAUGAAAAUCGGUAUCGUCAUCCAAAACUGCCGCAUCGUUCCCGACAAGAAGCUAGCUCCCGAGAGGCUGACCGUUGAGUCAUACUUGGGAAGGCCGUGGAAGCAGUACUCGACCACCGUGGUGAUUAACACCGAGAUCGGAGAUGUGAUUAGACCAGAAGGUUGGAGACUGUGGGAUGGAGAGAGCUUCCACAAGACAUGUAGGUACGUUGAGUACAACAACCGUGGACCAGGAGCUAACACUAACAGGAGAGUUAACUGGGCUAAGAUGGCUAGGUCUGCUGGUGAGAUUAAUCAGUUCACUGUGGCUAACUGGUUAGCUCCGGUUAACUGGAUCCAAGAAGCUAACGUGCCUGUCACGCUUGGAUUAUAAAGCGUAUAAAAUCAUUUAAAUAAAAGAAAAAGACUAGUACGUGUGCAUGCAUGUAAAAGGUGAAAAAUGCAACGUUUAUUUUCGAUAGAAGUUGUAAGAUUUGCUCUCACGUAUGAAAAAAAACUGAAAAUUUAUGUUUGUUUGUUUUUUUAUUUGUAUAUUUUUUUUUCAAAAUAUGAAAUUUAUCUACUGUGUUGUAUGUA